CAUGGCGUCUAGCUCGGGGUCUGUUGCUUUGGCUGAGAAGCUGCAGGGUCUGAAUGGGCUCUUUGCGAUCUACAAAAAGAAAGGCCCUACUUCAGCAGAUGUACUGAAUCUUCUGAAAAAUAAGCUUUUAAAAGAGGCUGGCAUCAAGCAACAUCCAAUGAAAAGAAAGAAACAGGUUUUAAAGUUGGGACAUGGAGGAACUCUUGACAGUGCAGCAUCAGGAGUGCUUGGUAAGAAGAGGUGGGGAUUGAAAGCUAAAGUGGUUGGAAUUGGCAAAGGGACCAAAAUGCUUAGUGGAAUGUUGUCCUGCUCCAAGAAAUAUACAACAGUUGGGGAAUUUGGAAAGGCCACAGACACGUUUGAUGCUCUAGGGACAGUGACAGAAGUGCAAUCAUAUGAUCACAUAACAAAGGAUGAUCUGGAAAGUACUCUGAAGAAAUUUAGAGGAAACAUUAUGCAGACUCCUCCAAUAUAUUCUGCUUUGAAGCAAAAUGGGCAACGGCUUUCCUGUUUGGUAAAGAAAGGAGAAGCUGUGGAAGCUAAACCUGCCAGACCCGUUGUGGUUUUUAGCCUUUCUGUACAGGAUUACAAUCCUCCUUGUUUUACUCUGAAUGUUGAAUGUGGUGGUGGGUUUUAUGUCCGCAGUUUGGUUAAUGACCUUGGCAAAGAACUUUCUUCAUGUGCCCAUGUAAAGGAGUUGAUCAGAACCAAACAGGGUCCUUUUACACUGGAUGAACAUGCACUUCAAGAGGAGAAAUGGACAAUAGUUGAAAUAGUAAAAGCUGUAGAGUCCGGCGUGCAAUUAAUUCCAUCCGAAGUGGCAUGUAAGAAAUUGAAGAUGGAUUCUCAGGACGACAGUGAACAAGUGAAAGAAGCUACUUGAUGUUGAGUUACGUUUCUUUGCUUUUUCAACAAUUCCAUCUAGAAGAACAAGAUCAACAGACACGUGACAGCAUCUUCACCUCAAGCUCCCCUCCAAGUCAGUCACCUUGCUGAUUUGGAAAUACAUCACCAUUCCUUCAUUGUGACUGGGUUAAAAUCCUGGAAACCAACCCCUCCACCACCAGCCCCGCUCCUCCCUCAAAGCAUAUGGACUCCAGUGAUUCAUGAAGACAGCUCAGUACCAUCUUAAGGGCAAUUAGAGAUGGGCAGUAAGUGCUGCCACAUCCCACAAAUGAAUUAAAACAAAUUGUACACCAUUUUAAAAAAAAAGUUUGUUGAUUCUAUUUUGUCCCUGCCCAAAUGUUCAGAAUCUUGCUUCUCAAGAUCUAAAUUAAUUGUUUGCUUCAAUUAUCUCACCUGACAGUAAAAUUUUGUUUGUGCUUUAUGUUCCCUUCCAACUGGGUAUAUUGUUUUGGCAUAUUUUGCUUCAGUUGAGUUACAGCUUUAAAGUACAUAAAGUUCCUUUUUCUAUGAUUUAUCAACAUGAUUCAAAGUAUCCAGCAGUCAAGCUCAUCUGAGAAUAUGCAGAUAGAUUUAUUAUUUUAAUAAUCAUAUUAAAUUAUAAUUUAUGAAUAUGCUUUGGUUGCUUUAUUCUGAAAUACAUUAACUGUAUUAAUGUUUUGGAAAUUCCAGGAAAAUUUGUGAAAAUGACCAAGAUUCCUACUGUCUCUAGGAUGCAAAGAAUAGAAUGCCAUACCUUGUUCAGUGCUUUGUAAUUUGUUUGAAGCCAGACUGAGCAGCUUCCAGUUUUGUAAUGCAUGAUAUUGAAUGACUCCCAAUAAAAUUGCAUCAAGAAUGGGUAAGAGAAUUAUGUUGCCAAUUAUAUAAACAGUCUCAAAAGACUCAUGAUUACUCUGAAA